CCAGAACAUAAAAGGAAAAGAAAAGAAGUUGUGCGCGAAAAGCAGUUGUGCGCGAAAAGACUCCGGACACGACUCUGGACUUCGUUCUCGACUUCUCUUCCGUCUCGUUCGAUUAAUCAUUGCAGGUUCUCUUAAGGCAAAUAUAGUUGUGUGGGAUUUUGUGCUCUGCUGCAUCCUGACAUCAGAGUUAUCAGAGUUGUAGCCAGACUUCCGUGUGAGAUUUAUAAUACGCUGAAAUGGUUAGCGUAUGGCCCUGACAUGCCAGUGAGAUCUUAUCAAGGAUAUGAUGUUAGUGGGUAUACUUUCUACACACAGUGUCAAGAUGACAAGAGCACCGUGCAGAAUAGUGGAGUUUCUGUAGAAGCUUCUUCAACAGAAUUUGAAAGAGGCAAUUCCAUCACAUCACGAGAUAUGCAGAAGUCAUACUAUGGGUUUAUUGAAGAAAUUUGGGAGCUUGACUACAAAGAAUUCAAAGUUGCUCUUUUUAGAUGUAAAUGGUUUGAUAUUCGUCGUGGUGUUAAGGUGGAUGAGUCAGGCUUCACUUUGGUAGAUUUUAGUCGGUUUGGUCAUGAAGAUGAUCCAUUUAUAUUUGCUACACAAGUUAAACAAGUUUUCUAUAUUCAAGACCCCGCAGAUUCUAGAUGGUCCAUUGUUCUCCAAAGCAAGCGGCGUAUUCUUGGAAUUGAUAAUGUUGAAGAUGAGGAGGAGUAUAAUCAAUUUGAUGAGAAUCCCCCUUUCUCAAUUGGUCUACCACCAACCGCAUUUAGGGAAGACAAUACAAAUACAAAUUAUUCACGUAAUGACCAUGGCGAGGGAUUAUGGAUUGGUGGUCAAGUAUGAGUUGAUAUAAGGUGUGUGCCAUGGAUGAAGGUAAUGCAGAGCAAAGUGACACGGAUGUAUCCAAGAAAAGGAGCAGAGGUCCAACGUUAUGCACAAAAUUGAAACAGAGGAUUACAAACCAAAAUUUGGAAUGCAACAUUUCUUUCAAUGAAUAUGGAGAUCCAAUUGGGGACAUGCUUCAAGAUUUCAGGUCUUAUAUAGGAUCAGUAGUUCGUUUCCAAGUUGAUAUUAAUAUCGAGAGUUGGGAAGUAGUUGACCAAGGACUGAAAGAUGCAAUCUGGGAUGAUAUUAAGAGUCGUUGGAAGUUGGAUGAUUCGCGUAAAAAGAAUGUGCUAGAAAGAGCAGGAAAGCAGUGGAGAGAUUUCAAGGCUAAGUUGACUAAGAAAUUCUUGCGCGAAGGCAAGGAUGCAUGUGAAAAAUAUAAAUACAUCACCGAGGAGCAGUGGAAAUUAUUCAAAGAAAAACGUGAAACUGAAGAAUUUAAGAGAAAGAGUGAAAAAGCAAAGAAAAGUCAAAAAUGUAAUGAACAUGUACAUUACCUAGGGCCAGUUGGAUAUGCGGCAAAGAGGACUAAGUGGUCUGUUGAUGACCCCAUCAAAUCUUUUACUGAUUCCGAAUCAGUUAACCCGUCAAAUUUAUCGAAUGAGCGUACUGGGCGUAGUUAUGAUUGGGUGAGAGCACGUUCAAAACCAAAGGAGGAUGGAGGUUAUUACAUUCCAAAUGACAAGACAAAGGAGGUGUUUGAGAAAAUGGAGGAGUUGCAGAGGCAAGUAUCAGAUGGGUCAUGGACUCCAAAAGGCCACGAUGACGUAUUGACCCGUGCACUUGGCAGUAAAGAGCAUGGAGGACGUGUCAGAGGGGUCGGUGGUGGAGCCAAACUUAAGGAUGUAUUUGGAUCGGGAAAAAGCAAACAUAGUGGCGUUGUUUCGGUGGAUGAGUUGGCCACGAUUACACAAGAAAUCACUAAGAAAGUUCAGAAGGAGUGCGAGGAGAGGAUGAAUGAAAUGGUGAGGAAGAAUGAAAUGGUGAAUUUAAAGCUAGAAAGUAUAUUUAAUCAGUUGAACCAGAUGGGUGUGAAAAUCCCUGAUGAUCAUUUUGUAAAUGAUGUUAGUACACCGAACAAUGAAAAUGUUCGAAGCAGUUGCCAGUCGGUAUAUCGGGAAGAUCAUUUCACAAAUGUCAAGAAUCCAACACUUUGUUGUCUUUGGGUGAUACACGUAGAGAAAGGAAGAGUUGUUGUGGCAAGGGGGACUGUAUUCCCGUCAAAUAGUCAGGGUGUUAAUAUGAUUCAUAAUAUUCCGAUGGCAUCACACAAUGUUAGAGUAUCAAUUGAUGAUGUUGUACCUGAAUAUCAACUUACUCCACUUCCUGUGUCAUGUGAUGAACAUGAUAAUAUAGGAAAUGCAGCGGGCAGUUUUGUUCAAUGGCCAAAGGACCUUGUGACAUUAGGGCAGGAUCCUAUAUCAUUGGAGAAGAAAAAAAGCCAUAAGAUGACACCAAAAGCAAAAGUACAUGACUCAGAAAAGGUUGAAAGUAAAGGGUCUGUGACUCCCGUGAAGAAAAACCGGCCAGUAAUUGUUGAUGACAUAAGUUUAAGUGAGCAUUGUGCAGGUUUAAGUUUCUUGCUCAAAAAAAGGCCCCCUAAUAAAAAAGGUGAUGUCUUUACGUAUGAAGAAAAUGGAGAAGAUCCGAUACACAUUACACCCGAAGAUGUUGAUCAGUUUUUGAAAAUGAGAUGGUUAAAUACUCCCAUAAUUGAAAUUUUCCUGAAGUACGUUAGCACGUUGUGUAAACAGUUGAAGGAUGAUACAUUUGCAUUCAUGUUGCCAUCCAGAUUAGCCAUGCCACAUAAAUGUCACCAGCAACGACAAGAUGAAGCAAUAGACUAUUUGUCAGAUUUUUUGGUUGCCAAUAGAAAUAAGCGUUAUAUUUUGGCACCGUACAUCCAAGAGGACCACUGGAUGUUGCUCCUUUUUUGUCUCCAUGAAAGUGCUAUCUACGUGUUUGAUCCAUUGAAAAAAGAUAGGACAAUACGGUUAAAAACACCUGCAAGAAUGGCAUUUAAAUUAUACGUAUCUCAAGGUGGACAGAGGAAUAACAAAAAAGAAUUUCUUUGGCAUCACACCGAGGUUAAGUGUCCGCAACAAGGAGAUAUGGAUUCUGGUUUUUUUGUUAUGAGAUACAUGUAUGAUAUAGUCAUGCUUUCUCAGAAACAACCCGACAUGAACUGGAAAGUGGGUCUUGGUUCAAGAAACUAUACCAGAAAGGAAAUCAAUGAGGUUCGGGAAUUGUGGGCAAAAUUUUUCUCUUUAGAAUGUCUGUAAUAAGGUAAUCUUGUCAUCGGCCUUGUCAUUUGAAGUCCUUACAGUUCAAGCAUUUAAGUUCUUGCCUGCUGCAGUACUGUGAUAUACCAUCACUGGUCCUUGAAGAUCUUGAACUUCUUGCUAGAGACAGUGUGUUUGGAUUCAUUUGUAAUAAUCCGAUAUCAUGAAGAUUUUUUUGUGGCAUUUAAUGUGUAAUGUUUCUUUCAAGUGUAAACUAGGACAUAAUUGAUUCUUUAUAUAAUUGUUUAAGUUGUUUUGCGAUUUAA